AUGAAUCACUUGCUCAAGAUUAUUGAAUUAGUGAUCACGGUGCAAAGUACCGUCAAAGUACCGUCAAAGUACCGUCAAAGUACCGUCAUUCGCCGUAAACAGUUGACAUUAGAUAAUUAUGAAGGGCUUUCAUUUUUUGCUAUACUAUUUUUGGUGUUAUUUGCAAUAUUUGGCAAAUAUACGGAAAAUGCGACUCCAGCGAGUAAAGCUGAUGCUAACUUUGUGAACACUAACUACCCAUACUAUUAA